AUGAUCAGUGAACGUGUGAAACGUGUCCUAGGGAGCAUCGGGAGCCGCGAGCGGUUCCUUAUCACGAUUUUCCUACUCACGGCGUUCGCAGCAAGUGUUUGGUCCGAUAACUCCACCAGUUCCGAGGGACCGAUCUUCAUUGUGCCAAUAACAAACGUGACGGUCCCAAUGGGCAGAGAAGCAGUGCUCGCUUGUGUCGUUGCAAAUCUAUCUAUCUACAAGGUAGCAUGGCUGCGAGUGGACACGCAGACAAUCUUAACAAUCGCCAAUCAUGUGAUCACGAAGAAUCAGAGAAUCGGAGUAACUCACACGGAGCAGAGAACGUGGCAUUUGCACAUACGAGAAGUGCGCGAAUAUGAUCGAGGCGCUUACAUGUGCCAGAUAAACACCGAUCCUAUGAAAAGUCAGACGGGUUACUUGGAAGUUGUGGUUCCGCCGGAUAUUUUGGAUUAUUUAACAAGCACGGAUAUGGUAGUUAGAGAAGGCAGCAACGUCACGUUGCGUUGCGCUGCUAAGGGAGCUCCAACGCCAAAUAUUACGUGGAGACGAGAAGACGGAGAAACUAUACUACUUGGGAAUGGCGAAGAAGUGAGAAGCGUAGAAGGAUCGAUCUUCAAUAUCACCAAGGUGAACCGAUUACAGAUGGGCGCGUACUUGUGCAUCGCUUCCAACGGCAUACCGCCGACCAUCAGUAAAAGGAUAAUGCUGAUAGUACACUUCACACCGAUGAUUUCGAUCCAGAAUCAAUUAGUCGGUGCAGAGGAGGGACAGCGAAUGACCCUGGAAUGCAACUCGGAAGCCUUUCCGAAGUCGAUCAAUUAUUGGACCAAGGAGAACAACGAGAUAAUUAAAAACGAGGAGAAGUACCGUCAGUCGCUCACGGAAAAUGCAUACAAGGUGCAUAUGAAGCUCACGAUACUAUCGGUGGGAAUGUCGGACUACGGGACGUAUAAAUGCAUAUCAAAAAACUCUCUGGGAGAAACAGACGGCAGUAUUAAGCUCUAUCAUAUUCCGACACCGACGACGCAACUGAAAGUGGCGACUACCACUCGAAUCUCGACUGUCGAAGAAGUUGAAAAUAUUCAAAACUCGCGACAAAGGCCACUACCCAGCGUGGAACCAAGUCCACAUCAAAUAGCAGACUCGUCGUUGCCUAACAUCGUUAGAAACGAUGAUACGCGGCAUCAUGGAAGAGCAAAUAACGGCGGCUACAACAAUGCUGAAAACGGUGUAGCAACAAAGGGACGAAAAAGCAUCGACAGCGAGGUACGACCACGAAGAAUCGACAACACGGCGCAAUCGAUGUCAUCCAGGGGCACAAGCUCGAAUUUUCUGCUGCAAUCUAGAACGGCCAUCUGCAUAAUCCUACUAUCUGCCCUGUCGUAG